AUGAAUUUAAGUACAGGCGAUCGUCUAUGUGUUGAUGGUCAUUUUUGCGUCGUCCGAUACAUCGGAAAAGUUCGUCAAUGGGGCGAUCUGACAGCAUUUGGCUUGGAAUGGGAUGAUGCGAGCAGAGGGAAGCAUUCUGGGACAGUUAAUGGCGUAAAAUACUUUGAAACAGAGAUCGAUGAUGCAGGAUCGCUUCUGAAAGAAGCUAAAGUAGUGAGGGCGAGCUGCGCCAGAAACUCCUUUGUGGAAGCCUUGAACACUGUGUACUUAUCCGGAAGAAUGGAUAAUACAGAUGUGUACAUUGGCUCCAAGAGAGUAGAAAUGCUAGGGCUGGACGUUUUAAGCGCGAGGAACCAAGACAUCAGAAAUUUGAAAAUUGUAAAUCUCUCCACUAGAGGAAUAUCCACAAGCGGAACAGAACAGGAAUUGAGUCUGUGUACCGGAAACCUAAAGAGCCUCAAGGAUUUAGAUCUUUCCUACAAUCUUUUCACGGAUUUUAAAGAAGUGCUAAACAUCGCUCGUGGCCUCAAAAGCUUGAAAACAUUGAAUGUGAGCGGUAACAGAUUUUCCGCAUUCAAUAAUGAAUUUGAUAGCGAAGACUUUACAAUUGAAGAACUGAUAGCUGAUGAUUGUGAGUUUGCAGAUGCUUCUCUGAAAAACUUGAGCUCCGUAUUUCCAAAAUUGAAGAAGCUGAGCAUUAAUGGAGCAAGAAACACCCAUCGGUUCAGAGCUGACGGGAUUUCGUCCUCAAUCAAAGAAAUUAGCAUGGCACAUAAUGGGUUAAAACAAUUCCCUACCAAUGUCCUUUCAUCUGGCAUUGAGAAGCUAAACAUAUCUCUCAAUUUGAUUUCUGAAUCUCCUACUAUAAAAUGUGCGAGCUUAAAAGUCCUUGAUAUAUCUUUUUGCCAGUUGAGCUCAUGGGGGAUAGUCGACGAUUUAUGCAUCAAGCUGCCCAACUUAGAGAGUCUCAAAAUUAAUGGUAACCCUAUCACGGAAAUUGAAGAUGAGGACGCAAUUCUGCAGGUUAUUGGUCGCAUUAGGGAGCUGAAGUAUUUAAAUGGCACUUUCAUCAACGAACAUAAGAGGACAGAUGCGGAACUGUAUUUUUUGUCUCUCGUAGCCAAAAAGCAAGCUCAUAUCGACGAGGAUACACUACAAUGGCGGUACCUGGUCAAGAAACACGGCAAAAUAAAACGGCCGACCAAUAUUGUUACCUCAGUUCCUAAAAUCGAAGUUUUAGUGCUACAGGUGGUGAUUGAAGAGCACAAAGUUCAAGAAAUGAAGGUUUUACCUUGUUAUUCGGUUCGAUAUAUGAAAAACAUUAUAUCAAAGAAAAUCUCGUUAUCGAUAUUCGAAUUUGAGCUGAAGUUCACCUCUAAAAACGGAGGCCUUACACACGAAUUCAAUUUUGAAUUCUCGCCUAUUAGUUCCUUCAAUUUGGAAGACUACGAUACCAUUCAUGUAAUCAGAAAAGAAGCGUAA